CUCAUGAAACGCAUCAUAUUUGGCAACCCAUCACAGUUCCUCUCCAGCGAAGCUAAGCUACAGCCCCACUGCGUUUCCCAUCACUGCUGGAUAGAGCACCUUAGGAUAUAUACUAAACAUCUCAGGGCUGUAACAGAGGAGGGAAGGUGCACUCAGGAUGGUCACCAUUCCAGAGUACUACGAGGGAAAAAAUGUUCUCAUCACAGGGGCCACAGGCUUUAUGGGGAAAGUACUUCUGGAGAAGCUGCUACGCUCUUGUCCCGGUGUCAAAGCUGCCUAUGUGCUUGUCCGGCCCAAAGCAGGACAGGCCCCCGAAGCCCGUAUUGCUGACAUGAUCAACUGCAAGCUUUUCGACAGACUGCGAGAGGAGCAGCCUGAUUUCGCAGAGAAGAUCGUGGCGGUCAACAGCGACCUAACACAGCCAGAUCUGGACCUGAGCACAGAAGACCAGGAGACUCUCACGGGCUGCAUUAACAUAGUGUUUCACUGCGCUGCCACUAUCCGCUUCAACGAGCCUCUGAAAGAUGCCAUGCAGUUGAAUGUGCUGGCCACACAGAAGAUGGUUAACCUGGCUCACAGAAUGAAGCAUUUGGAGGUGUUUAUCCACGUGUCCACAGCCUACGCCCACUGUGACCGAGAGCUCAUUGAAGAGGUGGUCUAUCCACCACCUGUCGAUUACAGGAAGCUCAUAGACACACUUGAGUGGAUGGACGACAAACUGGUCUCUUUAAUGACACCAAAGCUGUUAGGUGAGCGGCCUAACACAUACACGUACACUAAAGCCUUGGCAGAACAGCUCAUCCAGCAGGAGUGUGGAAACCUCAACGUCGCUAUCAUCAGGCCCUCGAUAGUGGGAGCCAGCUGGAAGGAGCCGUUCCCCGGCUGGAUUGAUAAUUUCAACGGGCCGAGUGGGAUAUUCAUCGCUCUCAGAAAUAACUUCCUGGAUUUGUGCGACGCUUACAGGUGGAUGGACGACAAACUGGUCUCUUUAAUGACACCAAAGCUGUUAGGUGAGCGGCCUAACACAUACACGUACACUAAAGCCUUGGCAGAACAGCUCAUCCAGCAGGAGUGUGGAAACCUCAACGUCGCUAUCAUCAGGCCCUCGAUAGUGGGAGCCAGCUGGAAGGAGCCGUUCCCCGGCUGGAUUGAUAAUUUCAACGGGCCGAGUGGGAUAUUCAUCGCUGCAUUCAGGCGGCCAAAUGUAAAUCUCACAACCAAUCACCUUAUCAAUCAGUACUGGAUUGCUGUAAGCCACAAGGCGCCAGCAUUCCUAUAUGAUCUCUUCCUCAGGAUGUCAGGAAGAGAGCCCAGAAAUGCUCUUGUAUGUUGUAUGCCUGUAUUCCUCUCCACAGAGUACUGCAUAAACAUGACGUUCAAGACCAACCCCUUAGAACAGGCUUUCAGACGCCCCAAUGUUAACCUGCGAUCCAACCCUUUUACCAAUCAGUACUGGACCACAGUGAGUCACACCCUUCCUGCCCUGCUGUAUGACGGGUUUCUCAUGUUGACGGGUCAGAAGCCCCGGAUGAUGAAGACAAUCGCUCGGUUGCACAAGGCCAUGAUGGUGCUGGAGUACUUCACGAGUCACUCAUGGGUGUGGAACAUGGACAACGUUACCAUGCUCAUGAACCAGAUGGGAUCUGAGGACAAGAAGGCAUUUAACAUUGACGUCAGGCAGUUACACUGGGCAGAAUACAUGGAGAAUUACUGCAUGGGCACUAAAAAGUAUGUUCUCAAUGAAGAGCUGUCAGGACUCCCGGCGGCACGCAAACACUUGACCAAGCUGCGGAACAUUCGCUACACUUUCAACACCAUCUUGGUAGUCUUCAUCUGGCGCAUUUUCAUCGCCCGUUCGCAGAUGGCCAGAAACAUCUGGUACUUCGUCGUCAGCUUGUGCUUCAAGUUUCUCUCCUAUUUCAGAGCCUCCAGCACCAUGAGAUACUGAAUCCACCCCAACUGUCCUUUCCCACCCCUCUCUCCCGACGGCUAUGCACACACUUCUGCUUUGCGAUACUCCAGACUCUGAGGGUCAAGCGUACGGGCGUAGUAUCCGCUAUCCUCUCUUCCUGCGUAAAUGCGCCCUCAACAUCACAGGGUGCAAGUGCACUCAACUGCUAUGUAGAAAGCAUGAAUUGUCAGGGCUCGAGGUCUAUGAAGCUCUCUCAGCACAAUGAGAGCGACUGCGUUCGUGCCGAGAGCGUUUGAGCACUUACUGUGCCUGUUGCACAUCCUGAACGCAAACAGGUUGUGGGCGACUCUUGAUUAUUAUAGUUUGCAUACCUGCUCAUUCUUGUUGGCGGCAUUGGCCCCUUUCCAACUGUAAUCAACGAAGCACAACGAGGGGAAAAAAAUGAGAUGGCUUUGUCUCAGCUCUGUGCCUACAAUUUAAAAAUUACCUUCAUCAUGUGCCCAAUGUCUUUAUACAAUUCAUGUCUUUUGCCUUACUUCUUUCCGAUACCUCUCACCAUCUUUGAGACGAAAGUGAUUGAUGUGUCACCAAAUAAUAAGCGUCUCGAGUGUCUGAUUCCAGGCCUUAUGUUUGUCUUCAAAAUCUCUUCUUCAGUCAAUACCAAAAUGUUAUCUUGAAAUAAAUUUUUUAUGUACUACUUGAUGUUUUUGUGAAAGCAAUCAACCGCUUUUAGUCAAAAUUUCUCUGAUAUUAAUAAACGUGUUCGUUUUCCCCAGAAAUGCUAGAAAAGGCAAGCCUCAGUUUGUUCACCUGCUUAAACCUGUUGCCUUUUAUGAAUUAUGAGGCUUAUUAAUAGUGCUGUCAAACGAAUAAUU